GCAAGACAGAACAUGGCGGACGACGGUGUUUUAUUUUCGAAAAUUUUACGUCAGUUUGCAAGAUCAUCUGCAGCAAUCAAUCCAGCACCGGAAGAUAAGGUUGCACGGUUAUUUUCAUUCUGCCCCAAGGAGAUCAAUGGUGGUUUGACGCUGGACCAGAGAGGACAAGAUGCAGUGAUUUCCCUUGGUAUAUUUUUGUUGGAAUCUGACUUGCAGAAUAAAGACAAGAUAGCACCAUAUCUGUUGAAAGUUUUGAGAUGUCUGCCUACAUCACAGUGGGCUGGAAAACAUAAACCAGGAAAAGGCCAAACAUUACCAAGAUGUGAAAACUUCAGUUUUUGUUUGAACACAAUACUGAGUGACUUGGCAUUCAAAGAUGACAACUUACGAGAAGAGGUUCUCAGUACACAGUUAGAUGUCCUGGAAGCUUUAAUUAACAAGUGUGAAGACACAGAGAAUUCCAAAGACGUGAAGCUCUCUCUGACCACCAUUCCCCUACUAUUUGGUUUGAUUCGAGCUCUGGGCAGGUCUAGUGAUGGAAACAAACCCCUAAUUUCUCUACUGUAUCCAUCAGAAUCUGUUCAAAAGGAGCAUGGCACCCCCAAAGAGGAAAGAGAGGAAGAAGAGGAGGAAAAAACUUUCACAUUCCGCUCAAUCCUUCCCCGAACUAUCUCCACUCAUCUCAUAUACUCUGACCCCGUCUCCCCAGUCACACCAACGGAAAGGAGCCCAUCUGAAUUAUCCACGAUGCGGUUCAGGGAACGGUCCCCCUCCCCUCUUGGAGUACAAGCUCCAGGUAAACCUGGCCAGGAGGAGAACGUGGAAGCCUCCAAGUACUACUUCAGCAAGAUUGCUUCCAGCUUUACUUGUGUAAAGCCCUGGGGAUUUGAAAUCAUCCCAGAAAAAGAUCACCUGGUUUUCUCUCCAACACAACUUCAGCGAAUUUUGUCACUGACAAAAAGGUUGCUUAGCAAAGAGGUUUUAGUGAAUGUCAACACAGCUUUUACAUGGAUGAUCAGUGUUGAAAAUGGUAAAAAGUACAGUUGGUGGCCAUACAAGUCUUACAGUGAGGCGGUCACUCUGUCAACGGUUACCAUGUUGAGGGACAUUCUGGAGCAGGAACAGGACAUGCCAACCAGUUUCAUGACAGAGGUGUAUGAAUUUUCAAAGAUGAUGUAUUCUUCCGGACAGAAUGACCUCGACAAACGAGGGAAGGGAACCAGGGAAAUGGAGAAGAAGACAGAUUUUCACACGUACGAGAUGAUGGUGCUGAGCUGCGCUGUCUGUAUAGAUCUGAUGUUCUGGGCAGUCAAGGAAGAGAGAGAGGCUGAGAGUCUGUGUUUACGACUGACAGAGAAGAUAAGUACAAACACGGAAAGGAAGUUAUUGUUGUCGCACACUCCAUUACUUCUAGUGGCUUUAGAGUCUUUAGGAAAACUUGCCAACAAGUUUCCACUGCUAGCCUGGACCAUGUGCUGUACUCUACGUGAUUUUUUGGUGAGUCCUUCUCCCAUUCUAAGUAAACUGAACAAAUAUGCCUCGGUGGACAGCAGGAGUAGCAUCAAGAUCACAGUCACUGAUACUGGGAAAUCUCCAAAGUCUGGUCGAAGGGAACAGCCUCAGAGCAAACUACUGAAGGCAUUAGAAAACAUCAGGGACAGUGCUAUCAUCAACGCCUGCAGAGCCCUGAAGGCUUGUUUGGAGGUGGAUGAAGACUGUGUCCAGGCCUUUAUGGCUUCCAUCUCGAACCGUUUAUACAGAGCAGAAAUGUCAGACAGGGAGUCUAAUCUGAUCUCCACCAACACAAUCCUGACCCUGGGGCAUGUGGCUGUGGCCCUGAAGGACACCCCUAAGACUGUGGAGUCUGUUUUACAGAUUUUCCAGCAGCGUUUCUGUUCUCCGCCCUCACAGCUUGAUGUUCUGAUUGUUGACCAACUCGGCUCCAUGAUCAUAGCCGGAUGUACCACAGUGUACAAUGAGGUCAUGAGGAUGUUUGUUCAGAUCAGUAUAGAGAGCAGUUCUCCAUACAGCUCAGGGGAGAAGGAUGAAAAGAUCAGAGGAUACAGACAAGUUUCCCAGACUGUGAUUAACGCCCUGGCUAACAUCGCCUCCAAUGUCCAGGGGGUAGAGGACCAGAAUGAGUUGUUGGUCCGACUCCUGGAACUGUUUGUUAAUAUGGGACUGGCAGCCAAGAGAGCCAGUGAGAAAAGCUCAGGGGCUAUGAAGGCCUCAGGAACAGCAGGAAACCUUGGAGUUUUGAUACCUGUCAUUAGAGUUUUAAUUCGACGACUCCCAGUGAUUAAGGAUCCAAAGUCGCGUCUGUUGAAGUUAUUUCGAGACUUCUGGCAGUAUUGUGUUGUGUUUGGUUUUACAGUGGAAGAUUCUGUGAUCUGGCCUAGAGAGUGGUAUGAUGGCGUAUGUGAGAUUGCUACCAAAUCACCAUUAUUAAUUUCCAAGGAACACCUGAGAUCUGAACUCCAGUAUAGUGUUGCUCUGCGUGAUGACACUGUGGGACCGGCGGAGCUGAACGAGCUAAGGACCACAAUCUCCUCCCUGCUGGAGAGUUCUGACAUCUACAAGCUGGUGAUGAACCUCUCGUUUGCCCAGUGUACCUAUCUACUCUCUGUGUUCAAACUGGAAACUCUCAGACUUCAACAUUCCACAGAGAGAUCAGCUGUUCAUGGACUGUUUGCUUAUCUUGAAGAUCCUACACUUUAUAAAGAUAAAGCUGGAAUGUGGCAAUGUGUAAGCGCUGUGGCAGACAAGGCUUUUGAAAGAUAUCUGGAUGUCACAGACCAAAAACCAAGGACUGAAGCUCGUGAUGCAGAGUUAGAGAGCCAUGCCCAGUUUCUCCUGGUGUGUUUUAACCACAUCCAUAAACGGAUCAGACGUGUGGCUGACCGAUACCUCACCAACAUGGUAGAAAGAUUCCCACACAUUCUGUGGAGUGGUGCAAUGCUGAAAACUAUGCUGGAUUUGAUACAACUCCUUUCCAGUUCUUUACAAAUAGAUCCUAACCAGGAGGCACCAGAGUUCCUAGUUCCAGACACGCCCUUCACCCUGAGGGUACAAGACAACAUGGCAGACAGAGAGAAUACUGUGAAGGACUUUGCAGCCAGGAGCCAGCAGAUUCUACAGGAGGCAAUGAAAUGGGCACCAAACACGACCCGGUCACAUCUGAUUGAGUACCUCCUUAAGAUGGACAAUACCACCCAGGGGCUGUUCCAGCACAGCGGCUUGGCUCUGGCCACACAAAGUGUACUCAGCUUUGCUGGAUAUAAUGCCACCUCUAAACCACUUGGGAUGGCCACUUUAGACAGAAGGCCUACAUGUGUGACAACUGAUAGCUCCAGCUUUAUGGCCAACUUCAGCCUGAGAAGCAGAUAUACAGGGGAGGUUUCUGGGAUGAAGUCCCUUUGUUCAGAUCAGGAGCUUUCUAGGUUACUGGAUGAAAAACUGGAGACUUCAUUGAAGAGUAAAGAGGAUGAGAAGAUCAUACCAGCCAUGUUCAGAAUCUGUGCCUUUCUGGUCAGCAUACCAGAAAUAAACAAGCAGUUGUUACAUGAUCUUUGCUGGGCACCAGUUCGUAACUUUUCGGUUAAAACAAUGGAGGCUGGUGUUGCAUGCUGGGAAUGGCUUCUAGCAGCCCGACCUGGUUCAAGUAUUGAGUUUUUGUGUGAGAUGGCCGCUGCCUGGCAGUGUACUGUGGACAGUAAGAUGGGGAUCUUUGAGGAGGACAAGAGGAGACCAGAUCCCCUCGCCAAAGCUGAAAAUGAUGUUCUGGGUCCUGACCCUCCUUUUGGCAAACCUCAUCACAUUUGGACAAAGUUUUUGGCAGAGAGAGUGGAGGUGGCCCGCUACAGCAGUGAAGAUCAAGUCAGCAUCCUCUCUAGUCUUCUUAGUAAGUCCCUGUCCAUCAGUGUGGGUAGGAAACCCCCACCUAUGUCCCGACACCCAGAGGCUAUUGGACCCAGACUUAGACUACUAAGUAUGGGUCUACAACUGUUACAAGGCUCCUUCCUCCCUAACAACACCAGUAAGAGUGUCCUCAGAGAAAGGAUAUAUGCUGCAGCACUAGACUACUUUGCAGGCCCCUUGAUGUACCCCUCCCAGCGUGGAUCAGAUCUGAGAGAGGACAUCAACACCAUGGUCAAGUUCUGGAGACUGUUGUUUACUGAUAAAAAGUACAUCACUGUAAGCAAAGCAGUACCAUUAGGAGCUGUUCCAGAUGAGACUCAGAGACAGGAUUCCUUGGGGCUUUCCCAGUCUGGGGGAAUCCCCUCAGACCUCUUACAGGGAAAGUGGAUCAAUCUGACAUUGAAUUCUGGAAUGUCCACCAACUCUAAAAGAUCUGCCAGUGCUAAGAAAAGUCCAGGACAGAGCACAAGUUACAUCAAAGAGUAUGCCAGGAAGAGGAACCUAAUUCUGCUACUCCUAGCCAAUCUGAUUGACGCCUUCAGUACGUGGAACAACCCUUUAGAACUGGCAGAGAACAAGAUAAAAGAUGAAGACAAGGUAGCUCUGUGGAGAACCAACCCUAUCUCAGAGAGACAAUGGAGAGAGUAUGCACGCAUUGCAUGGGACAUCUCACCUGUGUUGGCUGUGUACUUACCUCCCAGGAUGAAAACGUCGGAGACCCUGAAGAGAGAGGUGAUGCGGCUAGUGAGGCUGAACCCAGGGGCCGUGAGACACAUCCCUGAUGCCAUCCACUUCCUGGUGUCAGCUCAGAGUGUAGAGGCAGAUUCACCAGAGCUGAGUCAUGUGUUAACGUGGUGCCAGGUGGCUCCUGGUGUGGCCCUCUCUUACUUCUCCAGACAGUACCCCCCACAUCCACUGACUGCCCAGUUUGCUGUUCGAGUUCUGAGGUCACACCCACCAGAGGCCCUCCUUUUCUACAUCCCACAGAUUGUACAGGCUUUAAGAUACGACACAAUGGGCUACGUGGCUGAUUUCGUGAUGUGGGCAGCUAAGACCUCUUCCCUUUUAGCUCAUCAGUUAUUGUGGAACAUGCAGACAAAUGUUUACAGGGACGAGGAAGGCACAAUCAAAGAUGAGGAAAUUGGAGAGGAAAUGGAGUUACUGAUGAAAAAGAUGAAAGAAUCCUUUUCUGGUCCUGCCAGGAAAUUUUAUGAGAGAGAAUUUGACUUCUUUGGAAAAAUUACUGCCAUAUCAGGCAUCAUUAAACCAUAUCCCAAAGGAGACGAGAGAAGGAAUGCUUGCUUACGAGAACUGAGGAAGAUUGAAUUACAAAAGGGUUGUUACCUGCCUUCAAACCCUGAGGCAAUAGUUACAGAGAUUGACAAGAACUCAGGCAUACCAUUACAAAGUGCGGCUAAAGCUCCUUUUUUGGCUCGCUUUCGUGUUAAACGCUGUGGAGUUCAUGACCUUGAGAUGCUGGGGAUGAGUGACGAGGAUAACCCUGCCAUUAGUACAUCAGCAGAGUAUUGGCAGGCAGCCAUUUUCAAAGUAGGAGAUGAUGUUAGACAGGACAUGUUGGCCCUUCAGGUGAUAUCUUUGUGUAAGAACAUAUUUGAACAGACUGGGUUGGAGUUGUACCUGGUGCCAUACAGAGUUGUCGCCACUGGACCAGGGUGUGGUGUGAUUGAAUGUGUUCCCAACAGUAAAUCCAGAGAUGAAAUUGGUAAGAAGACAGACAUUACAUUGUAUGACUAUUUCCAGAAAACUUUUGGAGAUGAGGAUACUCCAGAAUUCCAGGCUGCUCGUCGUAACUUUGUGGUCAGCAUGGCAGCCUACAGUUUGGUGACAUUCCUUCUACAGAUAAAGGACAGACACAAUGGCAAUCUGAUGAUAAAUAAUACAGGCCACCUCAUACAUAUAGAUUUUGGCUUUAUGUUUGAGAGUUCUCCUGGUGGUAACCUAGGCUGGGAGCCUCAUUUUAAGUUGACGGAUGAGAUGGUGAACAUCAUGGGAGGGACAAUGGAGGCAGCUCCAUUCCAGUGGUUUAUGGAGCUUUGUGUCCAGGGGUACUUGGCUGUCAGGCCAUAUCAGGAGACCAUCAUUACAUUAGUGUCUCUAAUGCUGGACACAGGACUGCCAUGUUUCAGAGGUCAGACCAUCAAACAACUGAGGGACAGAUUUCAGCCAAUGGCAACGGAGCGUGAAGCUGCAGAGUUCAUGAAGAGAAUCAUCAAGGAGUGCUUCCUGAGCUGGAGGGCUAAGUCUUACGACUGGAUACAGUUCUACCAACAAAACAUCCCCUACUGAUAAGUAUUACAACUGGAUACAGUUCUACCAACAAAACAUCCCCUACUGAUAAGUCUUACGACUGGAUACAGUUCUACCAACAAAACAUCCCCUACUGACAAGUCAACAGCCUUUCACAACCAAGGAGUUUGUGGCAGUUAAAGACCUCGAUGAUAGAUUAUUUGAGUAACUUUGUCUUUGUUUAAGGAAUGUUGUCUUGGCAUUUGGACAAAUAUUUCAGUUAUCAUUGUCAUCAAUGUUAUAACUAAAACAUUAAUAUACAUGUAGAUUAAAUGCAAGAAUGAAUUCAGGAGAAUAAUAAGGUAGAAGUUGUACAGAACAUUCCAGGAAAUAAUUGAUAUUAACUAGGAACAAAAUCUGUCCCUUACAAGUCAAGGUUUUAUUGGUAGUACUAAAUGGUGAAAUAUCAGCAUCCAUGUCUCUUGAGUCAAACAUUAUUUUAUUCAUACUCUUAAUAAAGAUUUUUGAAUGGGCAUUGUUAUUCCUAAAUAUUUUACAAUAUUCAUUGUUUAUAUAUUGUGACAACUCAAAGAACAAUCUAAAUCUAAUCGGCUUUGUGUUUUCAGCAUCAAAUUUUCUAUUUUAUUUUAGUUUUUACAAUUUUUAUUUUAAAGGCUUUAAAAUGUAUGUUGACUUAUUGUUUUAAUUAUUAAAUGUCAAAAAAAUGUUCCUUGAUGGGCAAAAAAUGUAUGUUACUUGAUCAAUCAUAAAAGUUUUAUUUUGUUGAUAUUCCACUUUGUAAUAAAAUGUUUAGCACCAAAUGAAAUUCAACUAUUUAAUACAUCAUAUGCAUUUCACAUUGCUUUAUAGCAUGUAAAUCAACAUGUAUGUCAAAUUAUAUCAUUUAAAAGAUGCUGUGUACUGCACUAGUAAGUCUUGUAACCCUGCAUAAUAAGAAUUUUUGAAAACUUGUAUGAACAAAUUUUGUCUGUGAUAUUUGAUGUGCAAUAUUGCUUAACUAUGUGUAUAAAUUUAAGAAAAA